UCAGUCAGACACAUCUGCCCUCCUGGACGGGUCCCACAGGUGAAAGGCCCAGACUCCUGGCCAGGACUUAAGUUUGCCUCCAAUAUGGAAGACAUGGACUGGGAGGCUUAUGGCUUGGAAGAUCUCUUUGGUGAAAAUUACAGUUACAGCACAGAACUGCCCUUCAUUCCAGAAGGCUCUGCCCCAUGCAGGCCAGAAUCUCUGGAAAUCAACAAGUAUGCAGUGGUGGCCAUCUACGCCCUGGUCUUCGUGCUGAGCCUGCUGGGAAACUCCCUAGUGAUACUGGUUGUCCUAUACAGUCGGCUCAGCCAGUCUGUCACCGACGUCUACCUGCUGAACUUGGCCAUAGCCGACCUGCUCUUCGCCCUGACCUUGCCUAUCUGGGCUGCCUCCAAGGCGAAAGGCUGGAUCUUUGGCACACCCCUGUGCAAGGUGGUCUCGCUCCUGAAGGAAGUCAACUUCUACAGUGGUAUCCUACUACUGGCCUGCAUCAGCAUGGACCGCUACCUGGCCAUCGUCCAUGCCACACGCACGCUGACCCAGAAGCGGCACUGGGUCAAGUUCAUAUGCUUAGGCAUCUGGGCGCUGUCCCUGAUCCUGUCCCUGCCCAUCUUCGUCUUCCGAAGGGCCAUCAAUCCCCCCUACUCCAGCCCGGUCUGCUACGAGGACAUGGGCGCCAAUACCACAAGACUACGGAUAGUGAUGCGGGCCCUGCCCCAGACCUUCGGCUUCCUCGCGCCCUUGGCGGUCAUGCUGUUCUGCUAUGGACUCACCCUGCGUACGCUGUUCCAGGCCCACAUGGGGCAGAAGCACCGGGCCAUGCGGGUCAUCUUUGCCGUCGUGCUCGUCUUCCUGCUCUGCUGGCUGCCCUACAACCUGGUCCUGGUCGCAGACACCCUCAUGAGGCUCCGGGUGAUCGAGGAGACGUGCGAGCGCCGCAACGACAUCGGCCGGGCCCUGGAUGCCACCGAGAUUCUGGGCUUCCUCCACAGCUGCCUCAAUCCCUUCAUCUACGCCUUCAUUGGCCAGAAGUUUCGCCACGGACUCCUCAAGAUCAUGGCCUUCCACGGGCUCAUCAGCAAGGAGUAUUUGUCCAAGGACGGCAGGCCUUCCUUUGUUGGCUCUUCUUCAGCAAACACUUCUACCACCUUCUGA